AUGGUAUGUGUUUUUGGCGUAGAGGAUUUCGUCUGGCUCGCUAAGCAUCCGAAGUUAAUGGCUAACAAAAUGAUGCCUUCCUUCGACUAUGGCGUUGUGGAUUGUAUGCACGAGCUUAUUUUCAAUCGUACCCAUCUUGGACAAGUCAAUCACAUAUGGGAUUUGAAGGAGUACGAAAACCAACCACAUGUACACUACCACAAGUUUCGUCAGAAUCCCUAUCCGGAUUUCAAACUGGAUUGCAGCUAUGGUAAUCAGAAGGUUCUUCAGGACCUAUAA